AUGGCAGCUCGUCCGACGGCACGUGUCUUUCUCAUCAGCGUCGUUGUCGUUUUCUUCCUCGUCGACAUUAUUUUUCUUCGUCCCCAAGGCCCGCCCAGUCCGGCGAGCCGCGCGCCCGGGCAUCUGGACAAAUCCUUGCCCAACCUCGAGAUCGAUGAUGACAUUUUGAAGGGCAACGUGGUGAUGCCGAAAUUGGGAAAUGAAACUGCCAAAGCGGAGCUGGGUCGGGCCACGUGGAAGUUCUUUCAUACAAUGAUGGCGCGAUACCCCGAAGAACCAACGGAGGAGGAGCAGGAGGCACUCCGCUCCUUCGUCUAUCUCUUUGCGCGAUUGUACCCAUGCGGCGAAUGCGCAGCUCACUUUCAGGCACAUCUGAAGAAAUACCCGCCCCAAGUCUCGUCACGGAAUGCGGCGGCUGGAUGGGCGUGCUUCAUUCACAAUGAGGUGAAUCAGAUGCUGAACAAACCCAUAUUUGACUGCAAUAAGCUGGGCGACUAUUACGACUGCGGGUGCGCGGACGACGAGGACGACUCCACGUCUUCGUCCAAGUCCGGCGACCAGGUUGACAAGACGGGCGGUGUCGGAGGAAGGAAACAAGCUGAUACAGGAGUGGAGGAAGCGCCCCUUGCCGUGGAGAUUACGAAGGAACCAUACCACCCUUACCACAUUCCCGCUGGCUGGCAGACUAUCUCAGGCGGGACUGGAUGCGCCCUCCUUGUUUUCUUUCUCGGAUCCUCCUACCGAGCACACAUCCAAAAAUUGAGCCCUACACCCUCUUCCAUAAUAGCUCGAAUUACCAUCCGCAGCUGCAGGGCGUUAUUAUUAUAUCCCACCACCACUAAGUCUGAUCGCCAGCCCGCCGCACCAACGCCUCUCCUCUCGUUAGGGGCCAAUAACGGAGGGAGGGGUGGUGAGACUGCACGCGGUGGUUGGGCGAUUGCCGCAGGUAUCUGUCUCCUGACUCCAGGCGUCGAGGGAGUCGUUCGUGAUUUGCGAGCCACCCUGGUUGGUGGAUGGCAGUCUCAGCUGUCGCGUACACAAGGCUCAGACACGGUCUCCUGGCCCCAGGGGGCUACAAAAGUAAACACGGCAGGUCGCGCCCGCGCCUCUCUCAGCGCAAGUGCUGUAUACUGGAUUCCCGUGGAAAGGAGAGUAGUUUUGUCUCUGCGAUCACUCGAUCUCAUCUGCUUCUGA